UGUUUGGAGGACCGUCCUGGGCCGCUCGGAUGGCGCAGGCGGCGCUGGGCGCGGCGGGGCUGCACUUCGACGAGCUGAACAAGCUGCGGGUGCUGGAGCCCGAGGUGGCGGCGCAGACGGCGCAGCUCCGCGAGGAGUGCCGGGCCUUCGUGGACAAAACAGAAGAAUUUCAGAAAAUAGUGGGCAGCUUGAUUGAGCUCGUUGACCAACUGGCCAAAGCUGCAGAAAGUGAAAAGAUGAAGGCCAUCGGGGCACGGAACCUGCUGAAGUCGAUCACAAAGCAGAGAGAGGCUCAGGAGCAGCAGCUCCAGGCUUUGAUAGCCGAGAAAAAGAUGCAGCUGGAAAGGUACCGGAUCGAGUACGAGACUCUGUGCAAAAUCGAAGCGGACCAGAAUGAAUUCAUUGACCAGUUCAUUUUCCAGAAAUAGAGGAUUUUAAGAUAAAACCCAGCUCACUUGGGAACUUGACCAUUCCAGAAUCUUGAGAAUUUCAGAAAUAUGCAAUUUCCACUGUGCAGGAGUGCAGAUGGUUUGUGCAAUGGAGGGGCUUUACCUUGGUGUGAAUGUCCCAGCCGUGGCAAUAAGGAGGGCUGACAGCUCACAGCUGCACACACUGUUCUGGCCUUUAUUUUAUACCAGUUUUAUACAGUCAGUAGUUCUAAUUCAAAUUACAGUUGAGUUAAUGCUACUGGUGCUCUGUUGUGUCUCUUUUUGAACUUUUCAGCUCUUUCAAAGAAAUUGGGAAAUAAAUUAUUGUUCUCAGACUUUCUGGCUGUAC